GAGGCGGAGAUUCCUGCUUGAAUUUUAUGAUGACAGAAACUUCACUAACUCUGUUGGCAAACACAUAAUUUCCACUCCCCUGUAAAAUAUUUGUAAGGAUAACCAGUAAAAUCAUGCUUCACCUGUUAACAGGCUUGUUUUUAUUUUCCAGCCAAAGCUUUGCACUCCCAUCUCAAAAUGGCUCCAUGCUGCUCCCGCGGACUUUUUCUGGUCACUUUGUGUUGGUCGCUGAUGAACCUGCAGACUAUAUCGACCUGUCUGGUUUAGACAUGCUGAGUGAUGAUGGGGGUUCAGGCUUGGACACGGAGCGGGAGCCGGUAAAGAAGCAUGGCCAUCGCCACAAAAAGCUGUUUGUAGUCUCAGAGGAAACAAAAGAUUUUCUCCAGGGUCAUCUGGCAACAAAGUUUGUCCCAACUGUUUAUACUCUGGUCUUUAUCAUCAGUGUGCCCCUCAACCUUAUUGCCAUGGUGAUGUUUGUGUAUCGCAUCCGUCCAAAGAAGCCCGCGGUGAUCUACAUGCUAAACUUGGCUUGUGCUGAUCUGCUGUUUGGCCUGCUCCUUCCCUUCAAAAUCGCCUACCAUUUCCAUGGAAAUGACUGGAUCUAUGGCUCCUUCAUGUGCAGAGUUGUCACAGCAGCGUUUCACUGCAACAUGUACUGCUCAGUCCUGCUGGUGAUGUGUAUCAGUGUUGACCGUUUCCUGGCUGUGGUUUACCCCAUGAAUUCUCUAAUGUGGCGUAGCCCUCAGACUGCUUCAGCUGUCUGUGUUGCCAUGUGGCUCUUAUCCCUGGCUGGCGUGUCCCCCCUCCUGGCCUCAGGACAAACCAUGCACUUAUCAGAUCUGGGAAUUACCACCUGUCAUGAUGUGCAGGAUGUGGAAAAGCUACAAACCUACUAUCUCUACUUCUUCCCUAUUUACUCCUCCAUCUUCUUUUUCAUUCCUCUCAUCUUCACCACUGUUUGUUAUGUACGCAUCAUUCAGGCUCUGACAGCAGCCAAUGUGGAGAACCGCUCCAAGAAGACUCGGGCUACAGUGAUGGUUGUGGUGGUGCUGCUUGUGUUUGUGUUCUGCUUCACACCAACCAACAUAAUUCUGAUGCUUCACUAUGUUCAGCUUGCCCACAAGUCCAGUGAUGACUCCUACCAGGCGUACCUGCUUGCCAUGUGUAUAGGCAGCAUCAGCUGCUGUAUGGAUCCAGUCCUCUAUUACUACGGCUCCUCUCAGUGCCAGAAGCAGGUGGCUGCACUGUUCAGGUGUAAGCGACUGGUACAGGCAGAGAUAAGCUCAGAAACACACACCACCAGAUCUGUCAAGUUGGUAGGUUUUCAGUCUGAGCUGGAGAGCCAGUACAGCAGGCUGGUGGCUUAAGUAAACAGACUUGAAGAGUUUCCCUCAGAGAAAGCUUUUAUACUUGCACAUAUAUCCAAAAUAUAAACCUUUAGAUUCAGUGUGUAUUUUUGUGAAGGAUUCAUUAAGAAAAUAUUCAGGUUGAAUCAAAGGAAACUCUUAAAUUUCCAGCAAUGCUGGUUUUAUUUGUACUGAAAGUAACAUCAGGUUUGGAUACCUACCACGUUGAAGGUGUCAGAUGUAAGUUCAUUUGUCAUUCUUUAUAGCAUCAUUUUCACUUUUGUUUUCAAUGAAAUGUGGAAAUUAAAUAAUGCUUGUGUAUUAGUUUUGAUUUCAAAAGCUUUGCAUAUGACAAUUAUUUGUAAUAAUUGCAGUGUUUUAGAACACAAUGCAUCAGAUUUACAGAAUAAUCUAUUCAUUAUACCCUCAUCUGCAUUUUUUAUAGGUAAAUAUUUGUAUUGAUUGACUUAUUAUCCUGAUGUACAGAUGGGUAUGUAAUAAAAAAAGUGUACACAGCAGAGGAUUUUCAAAGUUUGAGACGAUGGACCUCUCCAAAUAACACCUCCAGUUUUAGUUUCUACACUGUCAGUUACUAAUUUAAUAAUAAUAAUAAUAUAAAAAAAGGAAUCAGAAAUCUAUCAGAAACGGUUAAUUUUUUUUUUAUUAGUUCAGACAUCACAUUCCAAAUACACAAAAGAUAAUUUUGGACUCUUCUUAUCCAAAUCACACCCAUAUAUCCACACGAUUCUCUUUGGAUGGGUAGUGUGAAAACUGAGGCAGCUCUCUGGUGGAAGCCAGCCUCUCAGUUUGAAAACCUCUAAAGAAAAAUACAGAUUAUUCAAUCAAAGCAACAACCCAA